UUGCUUCGGGAGGUCAACAUUUCAUAAACCCUUAUACCUUUUUCAACUCACUGAAAGGAUAAUAAUAAAAAGCUCUGAAGAAUUUACGCUGUGAUUCAAUCGACAAUGGACAAAAGCAUGCUAGGGGAUCUGGACUCUCUUCCAGAAGCAGAUAAGAUCAGAAUGUCAGCCAUGAUCGACCAGCUCCAGAUCCGCGACAGCUUAAGGAUGUAUAAUUCGCUUGUUGAGAGAUGCUUCGACGACUGUGUGGACACUUUCAAACACAAGUCUCUGCAAAAACAAGAGGAGACCUGUGUCCGGCGAUGUGCUGAGAAGUUCCUAAAGCAUUCCAUGCGAGUAGGGAUGAGAUUUGCUGAGCUCAACCAAGGAGCAGCCACUCAAGAUUGAAGACCAAAAGCUAAGGUGGAGAGAGACUUUUUGGUUUUCAUGUUUAUGCUUUUGUGGAUAAGAUCACUGGUAAUGGGAUACUUAGUUGUUUUAAUUUUCAAGCAAGGGUCACAGCCCUUAUGCUUCUGAAUUGUAAUGAAUAAUUUGGAUUGCAUUGUUUUUAGCAACUUAAAAGGCUUUUUUUUUUUU